AUGCUCCAAGCUCUUGGAGGGACUGUACCCCCAAACACUGACCAUGCUGUCAGUGUAUCUCUCCCUACAUGGAGGUCCAAUAUUGGCUAUGAGGAGGGGGAAGAUUGGGUGAUUGGCAAAAUGGUCUGCGGCUAUCCCCGGUUUUUCGUCCAUCCCAGCAUUCAGAAGCUUGCUCAAGAGAUCGUUCGUCGCGUGGGAGAUCCGGAAACAGAAACGGCCACACUUUUUGCGUCCAUCAAAACCGCUCGCCUAUGUCAGUCCUUCAUCGCUUCCAAAGUGCCCGCCGAGGAAGCCCGCAAAGUCCGCAUCGUGAACUUUAUCCCUGCCCCGCAUGCCGAAGCCGGAGCGUCGACAAUCACAUCUUCUCUCUCAUGCGUGAUAUACCCAAAGGAAUGGGCUCCUCAUGCCAAGCCGGUGUGGCAACAUUCUGGCAAUGGUAUUUCGAGCCGACGGGGCGAGUUUUGCAUGCGAGCCCUGGAGGAUGGGUUCCUUGUCGAAGAUAAGGGUUCCGCAACUGCCGACUCCAUGUCGCAACGUCCAUGCAAAGGACCCAGAAGGUACCAGGGAAGAGGAUCUAUCAAUGGAAUUACGCGAAGCCCCCCAAAAGACGCUGUGUCUCCCGUCAAUGGCGCAGAGGAUGGCCGGGAUUAUGCUCAGUUCAUUGAGGAGCGAUUUGGUCGUAACCUCAGUACAAUGCUUGCAGACCAGGCCAAGCUUGCCGUGAGGAAGCGUAUAGCAGGUGUUCUGACUGCCGAUUCUGAGCUUCCGGAGGCUCUUGAAACAACAUCGGCUGAAGGUCGAGUGGCUGGGAUCUCGGAAAAUGAUGUUUUCCUCUAUCCUUCAGGAAUGAGUGCCAUAUUCAAUUCACAUCAGAUUUUGAUGAAUUCUCGUGGAUCUCUGAAGAGCAUCUGCUUUGGAUUCCCGUAUACCGACACCUUGAAAAUCCUACAGAAGUGGGGGCCAGGUUGCUUGUUCUAUGGACACGGUUCAUCGGAAGAUCUGGAUGAUCUGGAAGCUCGGCUCAAGAAUGGUGAACGUUUCCUCGGACUCUUCACUGAAGCUCCCGGAAAUCCUCUUCUGAGGACGCCCGACCUUGUGCGAAUUCACAAGCUGGCUGACCAGUACGAUUUUGCUGUCGUGGUCGAUGAGACUAUCAGCAACUUCCUCAACAUCAAUGUUCUGCAGUAUGCAGACAUUGUUGCCAGCAGUCUCACAAAAAUCUUCAGCGGAGACAGCAAUGUUAUGGGUGGAAGUGCUGUACUUAACCCAAAGGGUCGCUUCUAUAAGCUUCUGAAGGAAACAUUUGACCGGGAAUUCGAAGACAUCUACUGGGCCGAAGAUGCCGUCUUCUUGGAGCGCAACAGCCGAGACUUUGUGUCAAGAAUUGAAAAAAUCAACUCCACCUCCGACAAUAUUACGGCCAUGCUAAAGGCUUCUCCACUAGUGAAAGAUGUCCACUAUCCGAAGUACAGCCCCACAAGGCCGAUGUACGAUGGCCUUCGCAACCCCAACGGCGGCUACGGCGGUCUUUUCUCGGUCACUUUCCACUCGAAUGCGGAAGCAAUUGCAUUCUACGAUACGCUGGAGGUCUUGAAGGGACCAAGUCUUGGCACGAACUUCACCCUCGCUUCUCCUUAUGUUCUUCUCGCCCAUUAUGGCGAAUUAGAUUGGGCAAAAUCGUUUAAUGUUGAUCCUGACCUCGUCAGAAUCAGCAUCGGUCUUGAGGAAGUGCCCGACUUGCGAUCUAGGUUCCAAACUGCUUUGGACGCUGUACAAAAGUCGCGCAAGUAA